CAGUCAUAGCGAUCGACCCCCCAAAGUCAGUGGAUCGUCGUUUAUUGCUGCUACUGUCUCCAAAGCCACGACUUUGUGCCUUCGUCGAUUCUGCUGCAAGUACAGCCACAUGAUCAGUAAAGCCGACCAGAUCAACGACCGCUCGAAUGUCUACCGCUACGGGUACGGCACCAACCGCCGGUGAACCUGCCGAACAACGUUCACCCAUUACUAUCCCGCCAAAGUACAUCGCAACAAUCCGAAGUUUUGUGAGGAUAUUAUCCUACGGGAGUACACUUGACAGGGUUGUACUAGCCGGAUCACUAUGUUGUUCCCUGGGAGCAGGGCUGACUAUGCCCUUGAUGAACAUCCUCUUCGGUCAGCUCGUCGGUACUUUUACCAGCUUUUUUAAACAAGGCGAACAGGAGACUGUAGACGAAUUCAUUCAUGCCGUCAACCAAUGCGUCUUGUACAUCGUGUACCUGUUCACUGCAAGACUGGUACUCUCCUACCUCUCGAAUCUAGGCUUCCGCAUGACAAGUCUACGAAUCUCAGCAGCAAUCCGGCUGGUCUACCUAAGAUCUCUAUUCAGCCUCCCCAUAUCAACUUUGGAUAUGCUGCCAACAGGUCAAACGGCCGCCAUCAUAACUAUUACGGCCAGCACACUGCAGCUCGGCAUAUCCGAGAAGAUCGGUCAAUUCUUCUCGAGCCUAUCCGCGGUGCUUACCGCUCUCGCCGUAGCAUUCUUCUACAACUGGCUUCUUACGCUGGCCACGAGCAUGGGUAUCAUGUUCAUCGGUCUGGUUUAUUACCUCACCACCCCUUUUCUGACGGAGAGGAUGACAGAGGUACAGGAAAUGGACGUCAAAGCCGCUUCUGUUGCUACCGAGGCAUUUUCCUCGAAUCGGAUGCUGGCCGCGUGUGGCGCUGAGUUGAAGAUUUACGAGCGGUAUGCUAUGAUUGCUGACCAAUUGCGGCAGCGAGGUAGGGGGAUGGCGUGGAUGGUGGCAGUCCAACAGGCAUUAAUUUACUUUGGCAUCUAUGCUACGUUUGCCCUGGCAUUUUGGUAUGCCUUCAGGCUGUACCUCAUAUUUUCCAUAACUAGCUCGGAGCCCCUAAUUGUAGUACUCCUCUGUGUCAUGUUGAUGGCCAGCUCCAUCGGCCAAAUUACCGCACCGUUAUCUGCCGCAUCACAGGCAGCCGACGCGAGUGUCAUCUUUCACUCCAUCAUUGAUGCCCCAAAGCCUACAUACGGUACUGCUAAAGGUCCUGGUGUUCGGGCUGAUGGCGAUAUCGUAUUCGAGAAUGUUAACUUUGUCUAUCCCACGCGGCCAGACGUUAAAAUUAUCGAAGGCCUGUGUCUCCGGUUCCCGGCGGGCAAGGUAACGGCAAUUGUGGGCCCAUCUGGGUCCGGGAAGAGCACCAUAGUUGGUAUCUUGCAGAGGUGGUAUGAAUUCAAUGGAGAUAUGGCCACGAACCAGCUUGUCCUCUGGCUGAGGAACGGCCUCGUCUCCGUUUCAGGUCGAGAACUCCGUGAGAUCGAUAUCAAGUGGUGGCGCAACCAGAUCGGCAUGGUCCAGCAGGAUAACGCUCUCUUCAACACGACCAUCUACAAGAACGUAGAGUACGGCCUGAUAGGCACAGAAUGGGAGUUCGAAAGUGACCGAAAAAAGGCCAAGCUGAUCAAAGCAGCCUGCAAAGACGCAUUUGCGGACGAGUUCAUCUCUCGCCUUCCUGACGGCUACCGAACGACAGUAGGGGAAUCUGGGAUCAAGCUUAGCGGGGGCCAGCGCCAGCGCCUUGCCAUCGCGCGCGCUAUAGUGAAACAACCCAAGAUCUUGAUUUUGGACGAAGCCACGUCCGCCAUUGACGUGCGCAGCGAACAGAUCGUCCAAGCGGCGCUCGACCGCGCCAGUCUUGGCCGCACGACCAUCAUGAUAGCACAUCGUCUAGGGACUAUCCGAAAAGCAGACAAUAUCAUCGUGCUGCGCCAUGGCAAAGUGGUCCAACAGGGGUCCCACGAGAGACUACUGGCAGAGGUGGGAGGCGCUUACAGUCUCCUUGCAACUGCCCAGAAUUUGGAAAUGGGAGAUGAGGACGAGAAGAUGUCGCUGGGAAGUUGGGCUGAGGGAACAAUGGUUGACAAGACUUACUCUGAGGAGGUGGAGAGCUCAGGCGAGUAUGAGAAACCUCGUCGUAAUAACAGGUUACGGCCUCAUAGAAGACGGAGCUCUGAGGAUUGUGAAAGCGUGGAUGAGACGCUGCUUAAAGUAGCUGGUAAGGACUCUGGAAGGCCAUUUGGUAGCUUCGGCAUGCUGCUUGGCGAGCAGAUGUCAAAGUGGAAGCUGUAUGUGCUGAUACUUCUGGCGGCGCUCGGCGCUGGUGCCAGCACACCAUUGCAGGCAUACCUCUUCGCGAUGCUUGUGUCCCUCUUUUCCCUUUGGGGUCCAUACUUAACCAGCCAGGUCAACUUCUGGUGCCUGAUGUUCGUCUACCUUGCGACGGGAGUUGGCCUCAGUCACAUGGCCCUGGCUUGGUCCACCACAACUCUUGGCUUUGCGAUAACACGCACAUACCGUAAAGAAUAUUUCGCCAGCAUCAUGGCCAAAUCCGCCUCCUUUUUCGACGAAGAAGGCCACUCAGCCGGCGCUCUCACCGGCCGACUGGCCACGGAUCCAACCCAGCUUCAACAACUCCUUGGUACCAACAUGGCAUUCGUUCUCAUCUCCUUCCUCAAUCUAGUCGGGUGCAUAGUCAUCAGUCUCGCCUUCGGUUGGAAGCUGACAAUCGUGGCACUGGGCUCGUCCAUGCCCGUCGUCGUGGCCGCUAUGUUCUACCGCGUGCGUCAUGAGAUUCAAUUCGAGUCCAUGAACAACGCUGUAUUCGCGGAGAGUGCCAAGUUCGCCACGGAGAGUAUUGGGGCUAUUCGUACCGUCUCUAGUCUCACCAUGGAAGAGGGCAUUUGCCAGCGCUACGAAAACCUUCUACGGCAGCACAUCAAGGAUGCUUUUCGCAAGGCGAGAUUUUCCGUUUUGUUGUUUUCUUUUAGCGAUAGUAUUUCUCUGCUCUGUAUGGCUUUCGUACUGUGGUAUGGAGGUCAAUUGCUUGCGACUCAUGAGUACUCACCAUUUCAGUAUAGUGAGUAUAGGUACCAUUCCUCUGGAGAAACCAUAUCUAAGAUACCUGCAGUGGUCGUAUACAUCGCAGUCGUACAGGGUGGGAUGAGUGCCGGCCAGUGGCUGAGCUUCGGACCAAAUAUCGCAAGCGCAACAGCCGCGGCUGAUCGUAUCUUGAGCAUUCGAGAAGGUGAUGGUGACCAUGUUCUGUUUACGGAAGACACCACGGCCGAUAAUGGUGACAGUGAGAAAGGGGUUGAGUUGGAGUUCAAGAACGUCUGGUUUGAAUACCCGACCAGGUCUGCACCGGUAUUGAACGGUUUAGACAUGAAGAUUGAGCGAGGCCAAUUCGCCGCUAUUGUUGGGCCGUCAGGCGCAGGAAAAUCCACCAUCAUCUCCCUCCUCGAACGCUUCUACACCGCUACCUUCGGCCAAAUCCUCCAUAACGGCCUGGAUAUCACCACCCUGGACCUAUCCCAAUAUCGCAAGGGCAUCUCCCUCGUAGCCCAAGAAGCCAGCCUCUUUAGCGGCUCUAUCCGCGACAACAUACUCCUCGGCAUCCCCAACGAUGCCACGGUACCCCUGGCUGAUCUACACGCCGCGGCGAGAGAUGCCGGAAUCCACGACUUCAUUGUCUCGCUGCCCGAGGGCUAUGAGACACCCCUCGGCCCCGCUGGGCUCGCACUUUCAGGGGGCCAGAAACAGAGGGUUUCCAUUGCGCGCGCACUUGUACGGAGACCAUCGCUGUUGCUGUUAGAUGAGGCAACUAGCAGUUUGGAUAGUGAGACGGAGCGCGCGGUGCAGGACACGCUAGAAGCGACUAGGGGAGGCAGGACUAUGGUGGUUGUGGCGCAUCGGUUGGCCACCGUGCAGAAUGCUGAUAUAAUCUUCGUCAUGGGCGAGGGGAGGGUAGUGGAAAGGGGGAACCAUGCGAGCCUUAUUGCGCAGAGAGGACUGUAUUUCCAAAUGUGUCAAUCGCAGGCACUAGAUAGGUGA